CAUUUGUGCAACUUGAUAUAUUUCAAAUAUACCGCCGGUGUUUCGCAUCCAUUUUCAACUAGUGUCCCCAUCCUUCGUCAUCAUCAUCACACAGUGAAUCCAUAAUAGGAAGCUUCAGACAGUAAUACGACAACAAUUUAAGCCGUAGAUGCAUAGGGGAGACCGAGAGGGAGCUAAUAUUCUUCUUCUCAAAUUAUUCAGAUUUCCCUCUCCUAAACCCCUUCAUAGAUCUACUCGUAUUGUAGAUUAUAUUUAAUAGAUUGUUCCAACUCCGAAGACUUUCUAUUUGAAGGGGUCUGUCUGCAUUCACUAUUAAGCCUACGCCCUUUCAGUCCUUUUAAGUUUGAUCCUUCCCUACACUCGUUAUGUUGGUAGUAACCCGAUUCGAUAAACUUCUCUCAUAUUUUCCCUUCAUCAAGUCAUUUUCAUUUAUACUCAAUUAGUGUCUUGACUUGGCUGGUUUGUUGGUUGGGAAUGCCAUUUCUUCUACUUUUGUUUUUUUCCGAGCUGAGGAAGUAAGGAAGAGGAUGACGAUUUCGGACAACACCAGAGGGUUAAUUCUGGCAAUAUCAUCAAGCUUGUUUAUUGGAACCAGCUUUAUUUUGAAGAAGAAAGGUCUCAAACGUGCUGCUGCUGCUGGUACUCGAGCAGGAGUUGGAGGCUAUGCUUAUUUACUUGAACCACUUUGGUGGACAGGCAUGAUAACAAUGAUUGUUGGGGAGGUGGCCAAUUUUGUGGCUUAUAUUUAUGCUCCUGCAGUUCUGGUGACCCCUCUUGGUGUUUUGAGUAUAAUUAUCAGUGCUCUUUUGGCGCACUUUAUGUUGAAAGAACGAUUGCAAAGAUUAGGUGUACUGGGAUGCAUUUCAUGCAUUGUAGGCUCAGUUGUUAUUGUUAUCCAUGCACCUCAGGAGAAUAUGCCAGCUUCUUUACAAGAAAUCUGGAUGUUGGCAACUCAACCAGCAUUUUUGAUUUAUGUAGCUGCAACCUUAUCGAUGGUGCUAGCUUUGAUUUUGCAUUUUGAGCCUCGCUAUGGGCAGACAAAUAUACUGGUUUACUUAGGAAUCUGUUCCUUAAUGGGUUCAUUUACGAUUGUCAGCAUAAAGGCUAUUGGAAUUGCAAUAAAACUUACUUUGGAAGGAAUAAGUCAAGUUGCUUAUCCUCAGACAUGGUUUUUUCUUUCUGUUGCAGUGAUAUGCGUCGUCACACAGCUAAAUUACCUUAAUAAGGCACUGGAUACAUUCAACACCGCAAUUGUUUCUCCAAUUUAUUAUGUAAUGUUCACCACCAUGACCAUCAUCGCAAGUGCAAUAAUGUUCAAGGACUGGGCAGGACAAAGUGGCAGUGACAUAGUUUCUGCAAUAUGUGGAUUUAUAACAGUACUUUCAGGAACAAUCAUGCUCCAUGUCACGAGAGAACAGGAACCAGUUACCGUGCAAGGAACUGUAACAUGGUACAAUGGGGAACACAUAAAGACUAUAGAGGAUGGACAUUACAUCCUUUUGCAUGAUUCAGAAUACUUAGACUCAUAUAAUGUCUUGGCGAAGAAUUAGAGAAGUUGAUUGCAGAACUGGAAGUUCUAUCACAGCCGAUACCUGAAAUGUGCAAUGGAGGGAAUGAGCGUUCUCGACUUCUCGCUUAAGCUGAUUGAUCCACCGGCCUGGCAAUUUCUUCCUCUGUGCAUAAUUUUGGGAAAGGUUAGAGGGUGAGGUUUUGAUUUCCCAAGAUUUCUUGACCAACAGUCGGGGUUUGUUUAUAUAUGUACAUAUAUGGCUUCUUUCUAUGUUGUAACAUAUUAUUCAUUAUUUUUUCAUAUUGAGAUACAGCAUAUCAAGCAUAUAUUUUUCUGAAGGA